UGCGAUCCACGACACCUUCACUGUUAACAUGACGAAAGAAGUAUGAGUGAUGAAAAAAAUAAAGAUUUGUUUGAUUUAGCUUCUAAUUGGGUCCAAAUGGGGGACCGAGUAAAAAAAACCAAUUUAGCCUCUUUGAUUUGAAUUUUAGAGUCAUGGACUCAGUCAAAGUUGUGGACUCGGUCCAUCAAAAUAGAUUGAUUCAGUUCAAGCUUCAAAUAAGAAGGAUCGAGACAAAAUUCUUUUAAUACUACUUUUGCCUUGUUAUCAUAAACACGCUUCCACAAAAACAAAAAAAGUUAUCCCCUAUCCCCUGCUACCAACGACCACCCAGUGCUCAGAAUCCGUCGUCUUCCUCCGACCUCGCAACCUGGAGAUCACCUUCUUCUGACCAGAUCCAUCUCAUGUAGCCGACCAUGGACCAGCCAACUUAAUGACACAAAUGUCAAACACUAAAUCUUGUGUGCAUGAAUAUCUUCUACCCUUUUGAGAUUAUUCACUUGCCUUAUCUUUUAAUUCAUAUUUUAAUAUUUUGAUUGGAUUUGAUUGUUUUCCUUGUUUUUGGGAAGAAACAUUAUUUUGUAGUUUUUUUUUUUUUUGUUAAGAAGAAGGGGACGAUGAUUAAUUUUUCAAUACAACUAAAAUUGCAUUGUGUUUUUCUAGAAUUAUCAUCCUAUAUUGUGUCUUCAUCUUCAAGAUCCCUAUCAAGUGGUAUCAGUUUCCAGGUUCUGAUAUUUAUGGCUGGAAAAGGACGACCUACACGAAACAGUAAUCGUCGCGGUGGUGCGCUAGAGGGUGUUGGUCCGCAACGCAAUCCACGUGAUGUUGAAGAAAUUGAACAAUACAACAAUAGAUUCGAGAUCUAGAACUACAACAGGAGGAUCGCCAAGAGGAAACCGAGUCCGAUUCCGUCGUCUGGGACGAUGGUAAUGACAGAGAGGAGAAUCCUUUUGGGCGCCCCCCGAUCAUUCAAUUCUAACAACAAAAUCGCAACGACAUUCUAUGUACUUUAGGGGUACGCGUUGACAUUCCGAAAUUUGAAGGGCGGGCCCAACAAGACGACUUCAUCGAUUGGUUGAGUACUGUCGAACGUGUGUUUGAACUCCGUGAUAUACCCGAUCACUUAAAGGUGAAAGUCGUAGCCAUCAAGUUACGUAAAUAUGCUUCCUUAUGGUGGGACCACAUGAAAAAGAAAAGAAUUCAACAAGGCAAAUCUCGAGUACAAACAUGGGAAAAAAUGAAGUUGCUCCGCACCCAGUUCCUACCACUUAAUUAUAGGCAAGAUGCUUUUUUCGAAUAUCACAAUUUAACACAACAAAAUUCUUCUGUUGAGCAGUUCAUAGCCGAUUUCGAUCGUUUGCGAAUGCGUUGCGAGGCCGAUGAAGAUGAGGAACAGGUAGUUGUCCGAUUCUUAGGAGCUUUGCAUCCCGAAAUAGCCGAUGUAGUCCAGUUACAACAAUUUUGGACCCUCCAGGAUGUGUGCCAUCUAGCCCUCAAAGUGGAAAAACAACAAAAAAUAAACCACAAACCAAUACCAGUCGCACCCCAUUUUUCAACAAAUCUGUUGGCCCGUCUAGCAACCAACUAGGGGCAGGUUCUCUAACCAAAACCGAAGGAACGUCCACUAGGGCGGGAAGCCAAGCUAUUGCCCGACCUCCACGUUGUUACAAAUGUCAAGGUCUAGGUCAUUACGCACCCUGCCCAAAUACACAACUUGUUACUUUUGUUGAUGAACCUAAAUAUGAUGAUGACGGUGGGGAAGCUGAAGAACCGACACAGGGAGAACCGGAAAUUGUUUACCCAGAUCGAGGCGAGUCCUUAGUAGUGCAGCAUGUUCUUAGUGUUGUCAUUGACAAGACCAGGGAUGACACUCUUUGGCUACGACACAACAUUUUUCGUACCAAGUGCACCGCGAAAGGGAAAGUGUGUUCUAUUAUUAUUGAUGACGGUAGUUGUGAGAAAAUGGUCGCAACAACAAUGGUUGAGAAACUGGGGUUGCUGGUCGAAAAUCAUCCCGAACCUUAUCAGUUGACGUGGUUAAAGAAAGGCAAUAUUGUUAGUGUUACUAAACGAUGCUUGGUCCACUUUUCUAUUGGGAAUAAAUAUACGGAUGAGGUGUGGUGUGAGGUCAUUCCUAUGGACGCUUGUCACAUUUUAUUGGGCCGCCCUUGGCAAUAUGACCGUCGUACCAAACAUGAUGGAUUUCAUAACACUUAUAGCUUCAAAAAAGAUGGUAUUAGUAUUGUGUUAGCUCCACAAGAUACACGUCAGUCUGCUACAGAAGCCAUGAUUCUUUCUAGAGGUGAAUUCAUUAACUAUUCACGAUUACAUGAGCAACAAUUCCUAUUUGCUUUAUUUGUGACCGAACAGAAUGCCGGCAAUCACAACACCCCCACAUAGGUUCAACCUCUACUUAGUGAAUUCAGUUAUGUUUUUCCUGAUGAAAUACCUACACCUACAGGUUUACCACUUAUGCGGGAAAUACAACAUUGUAUUGAUUUUUUACCCGGCGCUCGCAUUCCGAACAAACCGGCGUACCGAAUGAAUCCCAAAGAAUUUGAAGAAUUACAUCGACAAGUCACCGAACUUCUCCAAAAAGGUCUCAUUCGUGAAAGCAUGAGCCCUUGUGCAGUCCCAACCCUACUUGUUCUGAAACCUGGCGGUGUCUAUCGUAUGUGUAUAGAUAGUCGUGCAGUUAACAAAAUCACGGUAAAAUAUCGUUUUCCUAUCCCACGAUUCAAGGACCUACUUGAUCAGUUACACGGAGCACAAGUUUUUUCAAAAGUCGAUCUUCGAAGCGGGUAUCACCAAAUCCGCAUGCGGCCGGGAGAUGAAUGGAAAACAGCGUUUAAAACACGGGACGGUUUAUUUGAGUGGAUGGUUAUGCCAUUCGGUUUGUCCAACGCACCGAGUACGUUUAUGCGGCUCAUGAAUCAUAUUUUUCAACCCUUCCUUGGCCGUUUUGUUGUCGUUUAUUUCGAUGACAUCCUAAUUUUUAGCCAAGACCUCACACAUCAUUUGCAACAUCUACGUGAUGUUUUUCGGGUUCUUCGAGAGCAAAAAUUGUAUGCCAACCGCAACAAGUGCCUUUUUUGACAUCUGAGGUCACCUUUUUGGGUUUCUUAAUCUCAGGUAAUGGGAUUAGAAUGGAUAAUUCUAAAGUUGAAGCAAUUACUUCGUGGCCUAUCCCCAAAACACUACGGGACAUUCGAAGUUUUUAUGGUCUAGCUUCAUUUUACCGACAGUUUAUUAGGAACUUUAGUACCAUUGUUGCACCCAUUACCAAUUGUUUGAAAGGUGGUAAAUUUGUUUGGACAGAAGAUGCAAAUAGAGCUUUUGCAGUCCUAAAAAACUGUAACGACCCGUUCUCGGUGUGAAGAAGGAGAAGAAGAAAGAAGCAAGGAGAAGAGUUGGAGUGCAAAGAUCCAAGGGCGAGUCUGAGUUAUUUGAGCCGAGGAGAUUCAGGAGCAGCAGCCGUUAGCUUUCCGAGCCACACACUCAACAGCCAGCUUACGAGAAUGGUGGUUUUGCGUUCGAGACCAGCAGCCGGCAGCGGAGGUGCCGGGGAGGGAUCAGGUUCAGGAUCGGGGGAUGAGCACAUGGAUGAGCAGACCCGAGAGUUUCUUUCUUCGGAGAUUACGCGCAUCAUUAUAGAGCAGACUCCUGUGAUCUUCGGUUCGAUCAAGGAGGGGAUUCUAGAGCUGAUGGAUGAGAGAUUGGGCACCUUCCGUGCCGAGGUGGCAGCCAUGAUGGGGUCGCGCACCCUUACCUUCAGGGAGUUCAGGGCAUGUGGAGCUCCGGACUAUCAUGGGGCGCGAGACCCCAUAGCGAGCACCAGAUGGUUGGCGGAUGUGGCCAACGCUUUCCGUACUAGCAGAUGUCCCGAGGGGGACAAGGUCAGAUUGGCGUCCUGUCUUCUGAAGGACAGGGCACGGGAUUGGUGGGAGGAGGUCGGACAUGCCAUUGGGGAUGAUGCAGCAUUGGACGCCAUGACCUGGGCUGAAUUCUCUACCAGGUUCAGGGCGGAGUUUGCACCGGUCAUUGAGGUGCAACAGCUAGCUAGGGAGUUUCAGGACCUCACCCAGACUACAGAGACAGUGGCGGAGAUCACCGCCAAGUUCAGGGAGAGGGCUCUUCUCGUUCCUCAGUAUGUAGCUGAUGAGGAAAUGAAGAAGGCCCGUUAUCAUGAGAUGUUGCGGAGCGAUAUCCGCCAGUUUGUGAGCCGGUCCAGCUGUAAAACGCUGGAAGAUAUGAUUGCUAGGGCUCGGGUGAGGGAGAUUGAUCUCGAGAUGGAGAAGAAGAGGAAACCGGAGAUGGUUUCGGGUUCAGGAGGUUCGGGCAAAAAGCCCAAGGUUUCAGACCACAGAUCUAGGAGUCAGCAGAGUCACGGUCGAUGUGGCAAGUGUGGGAGAUUGCACGAGGGAGCAUGCAAGGCAGGGAGUUCUGGCUGCUACAAGUGCGGUCGGAUUGGGCAUUUGAGUAGGGAUUGCACGGCCCCUGUUACUGCCGUUGCAGCAUCAGAUCUGAUUUGCUUUCAGUGCAAUCAGAGGGGACAUAAAAAGUCCCAGUGUCCGGGUUUAGCUGCAGCAGGGAAGGUGGUUGCACCUGCCCCUGCUACUUUGAGGAUUACAGAUGGUCGGCAGGGCCGAGCUGAUGCGCCAGUGGCGAAGAGUAGGGCGUUUCAGAUGACAGCAGAGGAGGCGCGAGCGACUCCUGAUGUGGUGACGGGGUCGUUCUCUGUGAACGGCAUUUCUGCUAUGGUAUUAUUCGAUUCGGGGGCUACCCGAUCAUUCGUAUCACUUGCGCUUAGCAAGAGAUUCAGUAGAGCUCCAGGGGAGCUGGAUUGCCCAUUAGAGGUUGAGAUAGCGGAUGAUAGAACCGUGAGGGUCGGCAGAGUGCAUAGAGGGUCUUCUCUUCAGUUAUUUGAUGAGCAGUUUUCAGUGGAUCUGGUACCUAUUCCCCUGCGAGGGAAUAAGGUUAUUGUGGGUAUGGAUUGGCUAAGCCCCAAUGGGGCGGUGAUUGAUUGUGAGCUUCAGCUAGUGAGGGUUCGCACUCCCAGUGGGGGAGAGUUGGUGAUCCAGGGCGAGAGGCCACAGCGAGGACCGACCUUUUGUUCCGCCGCAAGGGCGAGGCGCUAUGUUCAGCAGGGUUGCGCCGGUUUUGUAGCUUACGUUUUGGAUGCCCGGGAGAAGGGCAAGUCGACAGUUGAUGAUGUUCCUAUUGUUCGAGACUACCCGGACGUGUUUCCCGAGGAUUUGCCGGGGAUACCUCCUGAGAGACAGGUUGAGUUCAGGAUCGACCUCAUUCCUGGUGCGGCUCCGAUAGCCAAGGCACCGUAUCGACUAGCUCCCCCUGAGAUGCAGGAGUUGUCUACACAGCUGCAGGAGCUGUUAGACAAGGGUUUCAUUCGGCCGAGCAGUUCGCCUUGGGGAGCGCCGAUCCUGUUUGUGAGGAAGAAGGAUGGGUCGCAUCGUAUGUGUAUAGAUUACCGGGAGUUGAAUAAGGUAACGGUGAAGAACCGUUACCCACUCCCGAGGAUAGAUGAUUUGUUUGAUCAGCUUCAGGGAGCGUCUUGGUUCUCCAAGAUCGAUCUACGCUCCGGAUAUCAUCAGAUGCGGGUUAGAGAUGAGGAUGUUCAGAAGACUGCUUUCAGAACCAGGUAUGGUCAUUACGAGUUUGUGGUGAUGCCAUUUGGGCUCACCAAUGCUCCAGCCGCGUUCAUGGAUCUCAUGAACCGCGUGUGUAGGCCGAUGCUGGAUCGGUCAGUGAUAGUGUUCAUAGAUGACAUCUUGGUAUAUUCCAAGACGCAGGAGCAGCACGAGGAGCACCUGCGGGAGGUGCUGGAGGUUUUGAGGAGGGAGAGACUUUUCGCAAAGUUCUCCAAAUGUGAGUUCUGGUUGCGCGAGGUGCAGUUCCUUGGUCACCUCGUCAACCAGAAGGGUAUUCUGGUAGAUCCGGCCAAGAUAGAGGCCGUGAUGCAAUGGGAAGUCCCGAAGUCUCCAUCUGAGAUUCGGAGCUUCCUAGGGUUGGCAGGGUAUUAUCGGAGAUUUAUUCAGGAUUUCUCCAAGAUAGCAGUGCCGCUCACCCGACUGACCAGGAAGUCAGUGGUAUUUCGUUGGGGUCCUAAGCAGCAGUCAGCGUUUGAGACCCUCAGGCAGAGAUUAUGUGAGGCUCCGAUCCUUACCUUGCCAGAGGGAGUAGAGGACUUUGUAGUCUAUUGUGAUGCCUCGAUCACAGGUAUGGGAGCAGUUUUGAUGCAGCGAGGCCAUGUGAUAGCUUAUGCCUCGAGACAGCUGAAGCCUCACGAGGCUAAUUAUCCUACCCAUGAUUUGGAGCUGGGGGCAGUGGUGUUUGCCCUCAAGAUUUGGAGGCAUUACCUUUAUGGGGUCCGUUGUACUAUUUACACGGAUCACAAGAGUUUGAGGUACCUUAUGGAUCAGCCGAGUCUGAAUAUGAGGCAGAGAAGGUGGUUGGAUGUGCUAAAGGAUUACGACUGUGAGAUCCUUUACCACCCAGGGAAGGCCAAUGUGGUGGCCGAUGCCCUGAGCCGCAAGGUGUCGGCGGCCCCUAUCAGAAAUCUAUGUUUGAGGAUGAUAGUGAUCACUCCGUUGUUGGAGCGGAUCAAGGAGGCUCAGGUGGAGGGUCUCAAGGAGGAAAGACAGAAGUGUGAGAGAAUCGUGGGCCGAGUAGCCUCGUUUGAUUAUGAUAGUCGUGGUUUGCUGACGCUUCACGGGAGAGUGUGGGUACCGUACUGGGGUGGAGUACGGCAAGUGUUGAUGGAUGAGGCUCAUAAGUCUCGGUUUUCUAUCCACCCAGGGGCGACGAAGAUGUAUCGAGAUCUUCGACCUAAUUAUUGGUGGCCCUGUAUGAAGCGGGACGUCGCCUGGUACGUCGAGACAAAACUGUUGGCCUUAUUAAUUAUCGUUUUUAUUGGCCUCACUUAGUGAAGGAUGUUUCGCAGAUUCUCGCAUGUUGUCGGGUAUGUCAUAUUGCAAAAACUCACCAUACUAAUGCAGGUCUUUAUACCCCACUCCCUGUUCCAAAUGGCCUGUGGGAGGAUGUUAGUCUCGAUUUUGUCUUGGGUCUCCCACGUACACAACGUCAAAAAGACUCGAUCAUGGUGGUCGUUGAUCGAUUUUCAAAGAUGUCGCAUUUUUUACCAUGUGCAAAAACUUAUGAUGCCAUUCAAGUCGCACGACUUUAUUUUAGUGAGAUUGUUCGCCUCCAUGGUAUUCCAAAAAGCAUCACUUCUGAUAGAGAUGUCAAAUUUGUUGGUCAUUUUUGGCGAACGUUGUGGAAACGCUUGGGCUCACGUUUACAAUUUAGUAGCUCCUACCAUCCUCAAACAGACGGUCAAACUGAAGUUACUAACCGAAGCUUGGGAAAUCUUUUACGUAGCCUUAUCGGCGACAAUCCUAAACAAUGGGAUCUUAUGCUCGCUCAAGCCAAAUUUGCAUACAAUAGAUCUAAUCAUAGGUCCACUGGUAGGAGCCCAUUCUUUGUUGUGUAUGGGAGGAAUCCUUUUACUCCACUUGACCUUACUCCAUGCCCGGGGACUGAUCAUUAUAAUGUCGAGGGAGAAAAUCGAGCUAAGCAAAUUCAAGACCUUCACAUGCAGGUGCGCGAUCAAAUAAUCCAACAUAAUCUCUAGUAUCAAAAAAAGGGUGAAUCAACACCGUAAACGUGUCGUGUUUCAAGAGGGUGAUCUUGUGUGGAUACAUUUAAGGAAAGAUCGUUUUCCAGGAGGACAUUUUGGGAAGCUUCAACCACGGGCGGAUGGACCAUUUAAAGUGCUUAAACGUAUCAAUGACAAUGCUUAUAAAAUCGACCUUCCCGGACACUAUAACGUCUCUGCUACUUUUAAUGUUGCUGAUUUAACUCCUUACAGUCCAACUGAGGAUGAUGCUAGUCCGGACUUGAGGCCGAGUCAUUUUCAAGCCGGGGAGGAUGAUACAGAUCCAUCUCAUGUAGCCGACCCAUGGACCAGCCAACUUAAUGACACAAAUGUCAAAUAGUAAAUCUUGCGUGCAUGAAUAUCUUCUACCAUCUUGAGAUUAUUCACUUGCCUUAUUUUCUAAUUCAUAUUUUAAUAUUUUGAUUGGAUUUGAUUGUUUUCCUUGUUUUUGGGAAGAAACAUUAUUUAUAGUUUUUUUUUGUUAAGAAGAAGGGGACGAUGAUUAAUUUUCAAUACAACUAAAAUUGCACUGUGUUUUUCUAGAAUUAUCAUCCUAUAUUGUGUCUUCAUCUUCAAGAUCCCUAUCAAUUUGCCAUUGGUUGAUGUGAAUAUUUGGUAUGUUAAAUGAUUGAGGGGUUCGAUGAUGGAGAGAAGAGAUGGAGAAGAUGUUGUGUUUUCUUUGAAUGUUACGAGAAGAAAAUAAUGGAGACGGUGGGUUGUAAGGGCAAAUUAGGAAAAGGUCUUCUUUUCUUCAUUCAUAUCAUGUAACCAAACAACCAUUUAUUUAGUUUAUAUAUGAAAAACAAUAAGUAACAAAAAGAUAUUUUAAUAUUUAUUAAAUAGAAAAACCAAAAAUUAAAACACCAAACUUAUAAUGUUUAAUUGUUCAAAAUUGAAUAAAAGUAUAAAAACCAAAAAUUAAAAACUAACCAACAUAAGUAUAAUAUGGUCAUUUUUCAUCAUUAAUCAUAGCGACUUAAUCAGAGACAUAAUCAAACAAUAUAAAUUCAAUGAUGUGGAUUCAGUCAGAUAAAUAAUCAAACAAUAUAAACUCAGUCAGAGAUUUAGAGAUUUAGUCAGAACUUCUAACCCAAUCAGAUCUGACCUACUUAACAACUAUGAAACGACUCCUAAACAUCACUGGAUCCUUCUAGUAUGCUAGGACCUCUACUGUGUUGUACUACCAUGACUACCACAACCGUCCAUAGUAGGACCAGUCUUAAAAAAUAAAAUAUUCUUAAAGACCCAUGACGAAUAAGAAAAAUAGGACCCUUAUCUUUAUUAUAAUUUUGUACUUUAAAUAAAAUUAUAUAAUAAAAAAAUUGAGUCAUGUACAACUGCCCAUUUUGCCUCCCUUUAAGCCCCCAUGGUCCAUAGAACCAACUUUUUUGAGGGAAAUUGAGAAUUGUAACAUUGGAUUUACCAAACGGAGAAGCAUUUUGGUUCCCCCUCUCCCGUUUCACAAAGACCCAUAACAACUUUAUCAUGGCACUGUAGCAAAUUUAGAGAGGAUUAGCAGUUUCAAGAAGUAACCUAUCAUCCUUUAAUGCGGGCAACUCAUAUUUUACGAUUAUACCAACGAGGUAGAAAAAAGUUACUGUUAUAGGUAGUAAUAUAAUUAUUAAGUUAUACGUAAAUGAUGUAUAUUCUAUUUUUUUUAUAGAGUUUGAUUGUUUGAAUAAAGAGCCCACCACGUUCUAUAUGUCACAACAGUUCCCUGCAUCACAAUAGUCCAUGAAACACAUGUGGUUUGUUACACAUGUGUAAGUCCAGCCCACUGUGGACCAAAAAAAUAUGGGUAAAUCCCAAAGAUUACAAUUU